CAAAUUGUUAUUUGAAAUUUAAGAGAGGAAAAAUAGUUGCAAUUGGAGUUUUAGGCAUAAUUUAUAUCAGAAAUAAUUAUAUGUUUCUAUUUUCUAUGUAGCUUCAGAGCUCGGGGUUAUAUAUAAAGUCAGUGAACUUGGAUCCUUAGUUGUUUGGAAAACUUUUCUAAUAAAUUUGCUUGUUGGAUUUAUUUCAAUGGGUGACUACAAGCUACUCAAUAAGGAGUUAGUCGACGCUAAUAGAGAAUUAAAACAAACUAUUGCAACAUAUCAAAAUGAAUUGAUUUUAACGCGUGCGGAGUUAAUGGAGCAGCAUCGCAUACGCGUUGAGGGCGAGCGCGAAUAUCGUGAUCGCGUACUCUCAUUAGUAGCACAUAAUUUUAUGGCAUUAAUGCGUGAUAUCGAUGCCAACGUAAACGUACAAGAAUUUCUGGGUUGUAACAGUUGUGGACAAAACUCAAAUUACACCAAUGGUGUUAGUGCUAAAAGUGAUAGCGCCAGUUCCAGACGAAGAAGCACACAUCUUGUCAGAGAAUUUCGUCGUUCUAGUGCAGUGACCCGCCAAAAUAGUAUACAGUUGUCGCCAACACGACGACCAUACGAAAGUCAUGCUAUUAUUGAGCAAACUGAAACCAGUAAAUUAGAAGAAUCUGAAUCUGGUAGUGAUAUGGAUUUGGAAAACUCAAUAACUGAAGAUAAUGUUAUUGAUGUAGAACGAGAAGAGAGCUACGAAAAUGCAGAUUUGCAUUGUAUAAAGGAAGCCAGUGAAGAAGAAUGUGAAGAAAAUGAUGACGGUAAAAAGUGUACAGUAGUUUAUAAACGGAAUAGGCAACCAGUCAGAGAUGUAGCCAAUAUUCAUAUGGAGCAAAUCGAAAACAAAGGAUAUUAUGUCACAAAACGUGAAAAAGAGCGUAAUCGACGCAGUGACAAGGAAAAUUCUAUAGAAGUUCCACGUAAUGUGGAAGUUGAUGGCAUGGAAGUAGAGGAUGAUUUGAUUCAGGCAAUGAACCAAUCGUUACACGUUUCGGACAGCAAAAUAACAGAUAAUAAUGAUAAGUGGAAAGAAAUUAUUAAAGAAAAUUUUAAACGUCAUGUUGUAGUGAAAGUUAAACGGAUGCAUGAACCACAACCGGCAGUGGCACACUUUAACACUGAAGAGCACACACUUAUGCCAGAAUAUGAGAUUUCAGUCGAAAAAAUAAGAAAUGAUGAGCUAAGUUUGGGUAUAAGCCAAUUUUCUAUGGGUAAUUUCUUGGAAGCAUCCUGCAGUACGCCAUGUCAUGGGAUGAAAGCAGCAAUGGCAGAAGCAACGACUGAUGAAACCGAAUGCGAUGGCUCAUGCAGUGUGUCAUCACAGACAACAAGCCUAUGCGUGCGGCCAUCACGUAGAUGUGCGCCAACAACUUUAGCGGAACCUAGUUUAAGAGUAAAACUACGGAGCGACAGUGGCAAAAGGAAAGGAUCUACGAAGAAGCGUUAAAUAUUAUUUAGUUAUUAAAGAGUUAGGCAAGAUUCUUUUAAAAUAUUGUCAUAGUCAUUAGUUACACUCAUGAUACUGUUUAGUAUUUAUUUUUCAAGUAAUUUGUGUUAGCUGCAAUUGAAAUUCUGGGGAAAAUUUGUAAUAAUAAAGCCUAAAAUUACAUUCUUUAUUCUAAUAAUUGAGCAUUUCUGUAGGAGUACAGAGCUCCAUCAAGCAUAAAACAAAGUAAACUGAUUCUUUUCUUUAGCUUUUUAUCAUUGCUACAUAAAAUACAGUUAUUUUUAAGCGUGCACAAUCAAUAAACCAGCACCGUAUAUUUGUUGAGGCAGACUAGCAUUAUUUCUAGACGUAAAAAGGCGUUGGUUGAAAAUAUGUACAAGAGCAUAUGUACAAGGCAUGUUUCAAUUAAGUUUAUGUACUCUACAGAAAAAUAAUAAAAACGUUGAGUUUCUAAAAAUGAACUUUUUCAAUUAGUUUGACAUUAUAAAAAUAACAAGCGACGAAAUAAGUCGUUUGCUAGUAUUGAUCGUGGUUUAAAAGCACCAGUUGCUAAAUAAAGAAUACACUGAAUUUAUGUAUAACGGAGUUAAGAAAAGGAACCGUUGUAGUGGUACUAUUGUGCGAAAUUGUUGUUUCUUAUUCCUAUUAUCGGCACAAAUGAGAGUAGUAUAUUAUCGAAUUUAUUGCCAGUUAUACUGCCAUUACUUUGUUAUAAGUUUUAUACAUUAUACGAAUGCGAUUAAAAGUUUAAGUAGAAAAAGUUUUAAUUUGUAAUAAUAUUUAAAUUUCAUAAUCCACGAUUUAGGAAAUUUAAUACUGAAGUAAGAAGUUAUAUCAAAUUAAGCUUUUAACAUUUAUUUCUAUUCCAUCACAUGAGUUUAUAUGAUCUUGUGUCUGUUUAUACUUUGUUCCAAAAAUUUUUUGUUUGAUUCUGAAGAUAGGAAAACUAGCAGCUAUUGUAAUUCUCGGCAGGAUUUGCUCGGUGGUUAAAUAUAAAAUAAGUGAACUUGGAUUCUUUUUGGAGCAUUUUCUUAAUAACUUUGUUUGUUGGAUUUACAACAAUGGGCGACUACAAGCAACUCAAUAAGAAGUUAGUCGAUGACAACAGAGUAUUAAAACAAGCCAUUGCUGCAUAUCGAGAAGAAUUGGGUUUAAUACGUGCAGAAUUAUUGGAACAGCAUCGUAUACGUGUUGAAAGCGAACGCGCAUUUCGUGAUCGUGCGCUCUCGUUGGUAGCACACAAUUUUAUGGCAUCAGUGCGUGAUAUCGAUGCUAACAUUAAUGUGCCAGAAUUAGUAUAUAAUAGCAGUUAUGAAAAUUUAUGUUCAAGCUGUACCAAUGGCCCAAGUACUGAAAAUGAUAACAACAGCUGCAGGCAUAGAAGCACAAAUCUUGUUAGAGACUUUCACCGGUCAAGGGCGUAAUUUUCCUAUACAUGCAAUAUAUGUAAAUAUUUUUCUUGAAAUACAUAAGCCAAUUCUGAUAAUCAAAUGCAAUGUAAGAGAUGAAUAGCUUACAAUAUAGUAUUUAAUUUAUCAAAUAUUGGAAAUAUGUACGUUUUAUUUAUUUUUUCGGUGCGACGAUUUUAAUUAAGUUUGAAAAUUGUUUAAUAAAAAUUUCAUUUUGUUUUGAA